AUGUAUCCUCUCUUCCAGAAAGGUGCAAAGCCCAAGCCACCACUCCCGGAAGAAAAUCGCAUGGAACCCAAGAAACAUGCCGACGAUCAACCCAAUGCUGCGCCAAAAAAUAAAGUACUAGGCCGUCCUCGUAAGAGGACAAAUCUUCUAGAGGCAGGAUCUCCCGACGUAGGGACGCCGAAGCGUGCAGUGCCUGCGACCUCGAAAGCAGUCAACCAAGCGCAAUUGCUAGAGGUGGACCCCAACAAUAGCAGGAGGAAACGGCGGAAGACUUCAUCCUCAAAUGGACGAGUCUUGCCUGCUGAACCAGCAGAGUUGAAUUCAAGCUCUCCAGGAGCUCACAAAUUGGAAAUGGCCCAUCACGAAGGACAAGCAAAGGCACCUGCGUUUACCCAGGAUACCACGACCUCCAGCGCAAAGAUGAAGAAAAAUAAUCACCAAUCCAAGGGCUCAGUGGAGUCGCUGCCGACGGAUCUCGCAGCUGAGGUCUCAUGUAGUGAUGACGAGCUACACUCGGUUGCUCAAGGAACUUCGACCCUAGCGCACAUCAUACAACCGGAUGUACUCUCUUGCCCCAGCUCUAAGCCGAAGCCGCCCCAGAAUUUACCGAAAAAUCCUAAGAAAGUGCUACGACUGAAUCCAAAAACAGGGACAAUAGGCUCUCCACCUCCACCAAAGCCUUUUGACACAGUAGAGCACAACCCCCCGAAACAAACCAAAGGUCGUGGCAGAAAACCCAAAUCUUUGAUUGUGAGGAUUCGUUAUGGCAAGGGAGAGGAUGAUUCGUUGGGCAUUGGAGAGAAAAUCCACCAUAUCAUUAACCUCCCUCCGAAUAUUCACACUACCAAAGAUGUCGCUCCUGCAGCUCCUACAACGACGCCUCCAAAACCUAAAGCUCCAAUGUCGACGAAGCCGAUUCACCCGUUGUUCCUAGGCAGAGUCGCUCCCAAAGACCCCAAUCCCCCGAAAGCUCCUUCGGAUGCAACUGAGAUUAUCGACUUCACGAUAAAAAUUAAGCCUACGACCCAGGCAAGAGUGAGGUCAGGUUCUCGCGAGACAGGAGCCUCGCCGAAAAAUCCAGCAGUGUCGUUUUCUGGUAUCUCAACAAAGACUGCCAAAUUCCCAGGGGCAGUUGAGCCUGCGUGGCCUUGGCAAGGCAUGGUUCACGUCCGUGGAUUUGAUGAACCUGCACGAAUACCAAACUCAGAACGCACUUGUCUGCCUUUCAGCUCGCAGAGUAAGAAAUCAAAAUAUCAUUCGGUCGAAAUUUCCUCCGCAGAAGACAUCAUUGAGACCCUGGCUUCGCAGUUAUCCAUCAAGAAUGUUGUUGAGAGCAUCCAGGAAGUCAAUCCCGAUGAAUACCCUUCAGCUCCUCAGUGUCUCCGCGUCCCUACCAAACACUAUGAGUCUGGUCUUGCCAUUCAGAAGAGGGUACAGAAGGAGCUGAAAAGCCGUCUGGUGCCUCCUAAAACGGCUGCUGAGAGUUCCAGCGAAGAUGAGUUUCAGCUGCACAGUAAAAAUCGUGCCAAUGUACAUCCUGCUCUCGCAAGAGUGUAUGAUUCCAUCCCCACAUCUUCCUCCGCGUUUGACAAAGGUCAAUGUGAGACUCAUCCUUGGGCCCAAAAAUAUUCCCCGAAGUGCGCCGCAGAUGUACUACAGCCUGGUCGUGAGGCUUUGAUUCUCAAGGAAUGGGUUGAAGCUUUGACAGUACAGUCUGUGGAAUCGGGACCUGGAGGCAAGGGUCAAUCCGCCUCCAAAACUGAUAAUCCUGGAAAGCGGAAACGGAACUCAAAGAAGCUGGACGAUUUUGUAAUUGCGACUGAUGAGGAGGACAAUGAUAUGGAUGAAAUCACAGAGCCUGAAGACAACAUGACUAGCGGCGGCCAAUACCAUCCAAAGCGUACAGUCAUCAAAUCUAAGGAUGCAGCUGCGCUCCUGUCCAAAGGAUCAAAAGUCUCGAAUGCUGUGGUUGUCAGUGGGCCUCAUGGGUGUGGGAAAACUGCUGCCAUAUACGCUGUGGCUAAAGAGCUUGGUUUCGAAGUGUUUGAGAUCAAUUCAAGCAGCAGGCGAAGUGGAAAAGAUAUACUAGAGAAGGUGGGUGAAAUGACCCGAAAUCAUCAUGUUCAACGUAUAGCUGCCACUCCCCAACGCGACGGAGUUGAUGAGGAUAGGGACCGGAUCGAUAGUGCCCUCGCAGAUGACCUCAAGAGUGGUCGUCAAGGUACCAUGAACUCAUUUUUCAAGCCCAACCCUACUGCACAACUCGAGUCGAAACCACGACCAAAACAUAAAGUCAAGGAAACCUCCACCCAGCCACCUGAUACAGAGCACCCCAAAAAUACCUCCACAGUGCAAGUCUCCAAGGUCAUCAAAAAUGGCUUUCUGUCGACAUCACCAACCAAGAAGCAAAAGCAGUCUCUGAUUCUCAUUGAGGAAGCCGAUGUUCUCUAUAAGGAAGACAGCCAGUUCUGGGCCACCGUCAUGGGUCUGAUUGCGACGUCCAGGCGGCCCAUCAUCAUAACAUGCACAGACGAGUCACUUCUUCCGAUACAAAGUUUAACAUUGUAUGGAAUUAUACGAAUGGCUACUCCGUCACUCGACCUUGCGGUUGAUUACAUUCUAUUGGUGGCUGCUUGUGAAGGACAUAUUCUCACGCGUGAGGCAGUCAAAGGUCUGUAUGAGGCGCGUGGUUCUGAUCUUCGAGCCUCUCUGACGGAGCUAAAUUUCUGGUGCCAGUUCGCUGUCGGUGACGUGAAGGGUGGUUUGGAGUGGUACUACCCACGUUCACCUGGCAGCAAUCAUGUCGACGAGCACGGGAAUUCAAUCCGGGUAGUCAGUGCAGGAACGUAUCAUACUGGUAUGGGAUGGCUAUCGCAAGAUUUUCUCGAAAGUCACAUACAUGACCUAGACAUUGAGGAGGAGACGUUGCAUGAAGCAUGUGAUGAGUGGCGCCUGGAUCUCGGCGACUGGGAGAAGAAUAUUGGCCUAGACGCAUGGGCAGAAAAGAUGCAGGAUAAUUCAAGUGGCAAGAAAGAUGAUCUUGCAGCUCUCGGCAUGUACGUCGACUUUGCUGAUUCAAUGAGCGUUGCGGAUCUGUGUUCCGGCGGUACAUUUGCGCCUAUGAACCAGAUACUACUUGACGUAUCAUUCCCAGAGCUAUCUGCAAAGGUACGAGAUGACUACACCCUCGGGUAUGAAUUAAAAGAGACACCCACCCUUGUCGACUACAACACUCUCAGCAAGGAUAUUUCGCUUUUCAUCAAGUCGCGCACACGAAAAGUGCUGCAUGUUGAUCAACAUAUCCGUCACAAUUUUGAGGUCCCUACUGAGCUUGAUCGUCCUUCGGAGACCGAAGUUCUUCGCCUCAUCCGCGAUUUAGCUAUUUCUCCUAAUGACUCGCUCACUCGAUAUGACUUCAGUCAGGCAUUCGAUCCUAUAUCCGCGACUGAGAAGUUCAUCUGGAGCACCUCCUUGGAGGCUUCGACUUUCGACCGCACUAUGACACUCAUCGUGGAAGACCUGGCGCCUUACGUUCGGUCAAUUGUAGCAUACGAUGCUCGUCUUCAGGAGGAUCGUCUCAAGAUGAGCAAUCUCCUGAGUGAAGGUGGAGCUGGUAGAAGGGGGAAGAGAAUGAGGACUACACGAGCAGCAAUGUCUGCGCUGGAAGGUGGAGCAAGAGUCAGCACACGACGUGAUAGGUAUUUCACAGCAGCGUUGAACCCAUCUUUUGUGCUCAAGACCGGAAUGCCAGGCUGGAUUCAGGCUUCAUUGGCGGAAAUCGAAAGCCCUGAUGUUCUGAAUACAAGCCGCAGAUCCAGCACGAGUAUCUUGGGGCGAGAGAUAAUGGAAGAUAAUGAGAGGGAUGAAUUAGUCGGCAGCAAUCCUGGAUGA